AUGUCCUGCUACUGGGUAGCCGAGGUGGUCCCACUGGCUGUAACUGCUCUUCUUCCAAUGAUAUUAUUGCCAGUUAUGGGCAUUCAAAGUAUUCGCGAAGUGGCUCCAAAAUACUUCAGCGAUACCAAUAUUGUAUUUUUCAAUAGUUUAAUGCUCUCGUUGGCUGUCGAAGAAUGCAUGCUCCAUAAAAGGAUCGCACUGAAGCUUUUAACAUUUGUUGGAACGCGAGCUCAUUGGCUAAUGGCGGGAUUCAUGCUAAUUACAAGUUUCAUUUCUCUUUGGAUAUCCGAUACAGCUUGUUGUGCGCUAAUGUCACCUAUUGCCUACGCACUUCUUGAAGAAAUUAUGAUCCCAAAAAUGCAACAAAGAAAGAGAAAAACCGAAGAUGCUGAAUUGGAUGAGGAAAGCAUCACUAGAAAACCCUAUUUGGAUACUAGACGGCUUUCAAAAAGGGAUCAAGGAAUCUGUAAAUGCAUUAUGCUUUUGGUAGCACAUGCAUCGCUCAUUGGGGGAACGGGAACCAUUAAUUCCACUGGACCCAAUUUGAUAUUUCGAGAUACUCUGGAAAAAUUGUAUCCGAAUGAGAACACCGGCAUUUCCUAUUUGUCAUGGAUGUCAUUUGCGAUCCCACCGAUGAUAUUUUAUAUGUUUGCCUCAUGGUUCGUUGUUCAACUACAGUUUCUCGGUGUUAAUCAUUUGAUUGGAAUUUUCAAAAAGCCGUCAGAGGAAGAGACAAACGAGGAAAGAAUUGCUCGACGAGCUGUGUUGAAAUCCUACGAAGAAUUGGGAUCAAUUACAUGGGCUGAAACAAGUACACUAGUGAUCUUCAUUCUUGCUGUUUUGUCUUGGAUUUCAAGUGAUCCGAAAGUGAUUCCUGGCUGGGCGUCGUUGUUCAAUCGCGGAUACGUCACAGAUUCUUGUUCCGGUCUCAUCGCAGUUUUUUUACUAUUCAUCUGGCCGAAAUACAAACCAGAUUUUCUUUUAUUCCGAAAAGACAAAGACCGUCCAUCUAUUCGCCGACCGUCUCUAAUUGAUUGGGACACUGUCAAAAGGCGAUUCCCAUGGUCCAUUAUUCUAUUAUUAGGUGCCGGUUUUGCUAUUUCCGGUGCUGUAAAUAAAAGCGGUUUGUCAACAUUAAUCGCGUGUCGCCUGAAUGCUACCGUAUCCGCAUUGCCGUUUCCGCUGAUGCAAGUCAUCGUCUCAAUUGUGGUCGUCGUGAUGACAGAAUUCUCGACAAACUCCGCGACGGCUUCAAUUUUCCUUCCAAUCGCUUUCAAAAUUGCCGAAACCGUUCGCGCGCAUCCCUUGUAUUUAUCGAUACCCGCCGCAAUCGGACCAUCAUUCUCAUUCAUGCUCCCAAUGGCAACACCGGCGAACGCGAUCGUCUACGAAACAGGAACAAUCCGAAUGAUCGAUAUGGUGAGCUGCGGAAUCUUCCUCAAUUUACUAUGCAUCGCUAUAACUGUUCUCAACAUGAACACCUGGACAUAUUGGCUCUUCGAUUUGGGAACUUACCCGGAAUAUGCGAUUCGUCAUGCGUCAAACAUCACUAUUUCAGCAUGUACAUAA